CAACAAUCCAAUCAGCCCUAGAACCCAAAUCUUCUCAAUGGGGAGCCAAAUGAAGAAGCAAUGGCAUCAAUUUGCUUGUGCUUUAGCAUUUUACUUGAUUGCAACUUGCACUAUGGCAUAUUCUUCUGACUCUUAUAAAUCACCAGUUCUAUCAUAUAAUAAAGUACCAAGCCAAGUACCAGUGUCAAAAGACAAUUACGAAGUGCCACAAGUGUCCAAGAAUGGUUACAAAGUACCUUCAGUACCUAAACAAGAAUACAAGACACCAUCUUUGUCAAAGAAUAACUAUUACACGAAGUCAUCAGUUCCAAAAGAUAACUACAAGAAGGUGCCAUAUGUGUCAAAGAAUGACUACUACAAGAAACCAUUUGUUCCAGAAUAUAACUACAAGAAGGUGCCAUCUCUUUCAAAAGAUAACUACUAUAAGGUACCUUCAGUGCCUAAACAGGAAUACAAGGCUCCAUCUUUGCCAAAGAAUGGCUACUACAAGAAACUAUCAGUUCCAAAAGAUAACUAUUACAAGGCACCAUCAACGCCUAAACAGGAAUACAAGGUGCCAUCUGUACCAAAGAAUGACAACUACAAAAAUCCAUCAAUUCCAAAGAAUAACUAUAAGGUGCCAUCUGUUCCAAAGGAUAACAAUUAUAAGGUACCCGUAGUGCCUAAACCAGAAUACCAGGUGCCAUCUGUACCAAAGAAUGACUACUACAAAAAGUCACUAGUUCCAAAGAAUAACUACAAGGUGCCAUCAGUUCCAAGGGAUAACUACUAUAAGGUACCCGUAGUGCCUAAACCAGAUUAUCAGGUGCCAUCUAUACCAAAGAAUGACUACUACAAAAAGUCACCAGUUCCAAAGAAUAACUACAAGGUGCCAUCAGUUCCAAGGGAUAACUACUAUAAGGUACCCGUAGUGCCUAAACCAGAUUAUCAGGUGCCAUCUAUACCAAAGAAUGACUACUACAAAAAGUCACCAGUUCCAAAGAAUAACUACAAGGUGCCAUCAGUUCCAAAGGAGAACUACUAUAAGGUACCCGUAGUGCCUAAACCAGAUUAUCAGGUGCCAUCUAUACCAAAGAAUGAUUACUACAAAAAGCCAUCAGUUCCAAAAACUGACUAUUACAAGGUACCCUCAAUGCCUAAACAAGAAUAUAAAGUACCAUCUUUGCCAAAGAAUGAGUAUUACAAGAAACUUUCGGCUUCUCCUCCACCGCCAUACUACUAUAAUUCACCCUCUCCUUCUUCACCAUCACCACCACCUCCUUACUCUUAUCAAUCAUCUUCAGUUCCUUCUCCAUCACCACCGCCUCCAUAUUAUUAAAUUUC